UUUACUCUACACGUGUAUGCAGUGGCUUUCCCUAGAAAACUUUUCACUUUCUUCUUGUCUCCCCAAUUUCUGCCAUUCCUUGCAAGCUUUUGAUUACAAGUUAUUACUUCACAUUUGAGAUUGCGGUGGGUUUAAAUUUGAAUUUUUUUGCGUAUUAUGCUUCUUCCUUGCGCUUUUCCUUCGUAUUGGGUGUUGUGUAGCUGAAAUUGCUGCUCAAUCUACAUUCCAUGGCUGUACAGUUACCAGAUACUGACUGUAGAGCUUUUUCUUCAUCAACUUUGGUUGACCACGAGCAAAACCUGACCUAUCCUUUUUAUGCGUUUGAAAAAGAGCCAUGGCAAGCAAUGGCAAUGCAUUGAGUGUCGCACAACCACUCAUUCCCGUCUUCAAGGGAGAAAGCUACGAAUUCUGGAGUGUUCGUAUGAAAACAAUACUCAAAUCUCAAGUUCUUUGGGACUUGGUAGAAUGAGGAUUUGCAGAUCCCGACGAAGAAAAUAGACUGCGAGACACAACAACCACAUCAAAGCAAGUGGCAAUUUCAAGGUGAUCCAAAGGUCAUUGUGGUGAGAUUUGCAAUCACUUCGGCGUGACUUUGACACCUUGAUGAUGGAAAAUGGAGAAUCAAUUGCUGAUUUCUUGUCCAGAGCAGUGGCAAUUGUCAACAAAAUUCGAUCAUGUGGCGAGAAGGUUACUGAUCAAACAAUUGUGGAAAAGAUACCGCGAAGCUUGACUCCAAAAUUUGAUCAUGUAGUCGCUGCUAUAGAAGAGUCUAAGGAUCUAUCAGUUUUUUCCUUUGAUGAACUGAUGGGAUCUCUUCAAGCCCAUGAGGCGAGACUCAAUCGAUCUAUUGAAAAAAAUGAAGAUAAAGCAUUCCUAUCGAGGAAGCAACAACCAAAUAUGGUGAGAACAAUGGUCCAGCACGCAGAGGUCGAGGAAGAGGAGAAUUUUGUAGUGGUCGUGGUCAUGGGUAUGGAAGAGGUAGAGGAAGGAAUGGUGGGCAUAGGCAGUCCAAUGAGCAAAGUAACACAAAGAAUGGCAUUCAAUGUCAUCAUUAUCUGCGCUACGGGCAUAUAAAGGCUAAUUGCUGGUAUAAAGACCAGAAAAUAAACUUUUCAACAACAGAAAAUGAGGAAGAGAAUUAUCUUUUUAUGGCUUGCAUUGAUACGAUCACAAAACAAGUGAUGUAUGGUUUGUAGAUAGUGGCUGUUCAAAUCAUAUGAUAGGCACCAAAUCUUUGUUCCCGGAGCUAGAUGAGAAGCAAAAGGAAAAGGUGCAGCUUGGCAACACAAAAGAGAUGCAGGUUGAAGGAAAAGGUACCGUUGGUAUUAAUACUAGCCACGACAAAGUAAAAAUGUUCGACAACGUUCAAUUUGUACCUGACUUAGGAUACAAUUUGUUGAGUGUUGGACCACUAAUGUCUGAUGAACAUUCUCUUUGGUUUGAUGACGAUGCUUGUGUCAUUACAAACAAGAAAUUAGGCAAAAAGGUUCGCAUCACUAUGACACCAAAGAAGCUGUUUCCGCUGGAUGUUUCUAACAUGGAAUGUUUUGCACUUACUGCAAGUGCAAAGGAUGAGUCAAAGUUGUGGCAUUUGAGGUAUGGUCACCUCAAUAUAAAGGGCCUGAAAUUGCUAGUUUACAAAGGUAUGGUUCUUGGACUACCAAAAAUUGAUUCUAUUGAAUUGUGUGAAGGGUGCAUUUAUGUAAAACAAACUAGGAAGUCUUUUCUUGUUGGAAAAGCUUGGAGGGCUUCAAAGUGUCUUAAAUUAAUACAUGCUGACUUAUGUGGACCUAUGCAUACUUCAUCUUUUUGUGGGAGUCGUUAUUUUCUACUAUUUACUGAUGAUUGCAGUCGCAUGAGUUGGGUCUAUAUUUUAGAAACCAAAUCAGAAACAUUUCAAAAAUUCAAGUACUUCAAAGCCCAGGUUGAGAAGCAAAUUGGUCUGUGCAUAAAAACUUUUCACACAGAUAGAGGUGGCGGAUUCUUGUUCAAGGUUUUUAAUCUCUUUUGUGAGGAAAAUGGCAUUAACAAGGAACUGACAACACCUUAUACUCCGGAGCAAAAUCGUGUUGCUGAGUGAAAAAAUCGCACUGUUCUGGAGAUGGUAAGAAGCAUGUUACAAGCAAAGGGAGUUCCAAAUCAAUUUUGGGCUGAAGCAGUAGCGACAUCAGUCCAUUUAUUGAAUCCAUCUCCAACAAAGGUUGUUAUGUAUCAAACUCCAUUUGAAGCUUCGAAGGGUAGAAAACCAACCGUAAUUUAUUUAAGAAUUUUUGGUUGUAUUGCUUAUGCUUUGGUCAAUUCCCAAUUUCGUCACAAGUUGGAUGAAAAAUCUGAAAAUGUGUUUUUAUUGGUUACUGCACACAAUCUAAAGCAUAUAGAUUGUAUAACACUCUUAGUAGAAAGAAUUUAAUUAGAAGGGAUGUAGUAUUUGAUGAAAUGGCUAGCUGGAAUUGGAGUGGAAGCAACGAUAAGAUGCAAGAGCACAUUCCUAGGCCCACUGGAAACACUUUUGAUGCAAUUCAGCAGCCAACUCCUACAGCUACAACAGCCUGUUCUAGUACCACUUCUCCAGAUUCAUUUUCUUCAACUUAAGGGAACAUAAACUCUUCAUCUACUACUCUUGAAGAGUCUUCAGAUGAGCCAAUUCCAUUAAGAAGAUCAACAAGGCUUAAAAGUCGAACCCGAAGUACGCCAAUGACAUGUAUACAACUUGUCAAUUUUCUUUUGCUAUUUCAGAUCCUACACAUUAUGGAGAAACAGCUGAAAAGGAAGAGUGGCGGAGAGCGAUGUUAGAAGAAAUGAAAUCCAUCGAAAAGAAUGGCACAUGAGAGAUGGUGGAAUUACCAUAAGACAAAAAUGCAAUUGGUUUGAAAUGGGUGUUCAAGACAAAGUUUGCAGCAGAUGGGACCAUGCAAAAGCAUAAAGCUCGUUUUGUGGCGAAAGGAAAUGCGCAACAAUAUGGUAUUGAUUUUGAAGAAACAUUUUCUCCAGUUGCUUGAUUUGAAACUGUUAGAUUUGUUCUAGCAUUGGCUGCACAGUCUCAAUGGCUAGUUUAUCAAUUUGAUGUCAAGUCGGCAUUUCUUAAUGGAGACCUGCAAGAAGAGGUCAUUGUAGCACUACCUGAAGGUUUCAUAAAGAAGGGCGAUGAAACAAAUGUCUACAAACUAAAAAAGGCAGUGUAUGGUUUGAAGCAAGCCCCUCGAGCGUGGUAUAACAAAAUUGAUGGUUAUUUUUAGGGAAAGGGAUAUAAGAUAAGUGAGAAUGAACCAACAUUGACGUAAAGAAGAAAGGUAAUGAUUUCAUCAUUGUUUGCCUUUAUGUUGAUGAUAUCAUUUAUUCUAGCUCUUCUGUUUCUCUUGUGGAUGAAUUUAAGUCUCAAAUGAUGAAUGAGUUUGAGAUGUCAGAUAUGGGGUUAUUACAUUAUUUCUGGGCCUUGAAGUCCAUCAAGCUGAAGAUAGAAUAUUUCUUUCACAAAGGAAAUAUGCCAAGGACCUUCUCACUAAGUUUGGUUUGCUUAAUUGCAAGCAUGCUGCUACACCUAUGAAUGUUGGUAUAAAACUGCAGCUUAAAAAUGGACGAUGCUAGAAGUUUCAGAAGUAUGGUGGAGGUUUUAUUUACCUAACCCAUACUCGCCCCGAUAUAAUAUCCCUGUUGGUGUUAUAUCCAGGUUUAUGCAACAACCUUCAAAGGUUCAUUUUGGAGCAGCAAAAAGAGUUCUGCGUUAUGUCGCUGGAACUAUGGACUAUGGGAUAUGGUAUUCACAAGUUUCUAACUUCAGAUUAUGUGGGUUCACGGAUAGUGACUAUGCUGGUUCAUUGGAUGAUAGACGAAGCAUUUCAGCACAUAUUUUCACUCUUGGGUCAGGAGUAAUAAAUUGGAGCUCAAAGAAGCAAGCUACAACAACCUUAUCCACGCCUGAAGCUGAGUACAUUGCAGCUACUUCAGCGGCUUGCCAAGCUAUCUGGCUAAGAAGGAUGUUAGCGGAACUUCAACAUAAGCAAGAAAGUACAACAGAGAUAUACUGCGACGACAAAGCAUCAAUCUCCAUGACAAAGAAUCCAAAUUUUCAUAGUAGAACGAAGCACAUUGAUGUUCGAUUCCAUUUCAUUCGUGAUUUGGUUGCAAAGGAGGAGAUUGUUGUUGAAGCAUUGCAGCACUCAUAAGCAAUUGGCUGAUAUAUUGACGAAGUCGUUGGCAGCACACAAGUUUAUCUAUUUGACGGCUUUGCUUGGUGUCUGGAACUUUGAAUCAAGGGGGAAUAUUGAAGACUGAUUCAAAGUGCUUCGAGUGUUCUGCAUCUCGAAAAACUCAUCCUGAUGAAUCGCACUACUACAUCGGAUGAGUUGGGGGCUAGAGACCGAGCAAGGCACGCUCGGAUUUUGCGCAGUUCUACUACUGCUGGAGCUGUCGAUUUCUAUCUUACUGGUUCCUUCGACCCCAAACUCGUCGGCAUGACUAUACAAAAAUAAAAUUGGGAUCUCCUCCGGGAGAAUACAAUAUGCUGAUUGAUACUGGAAGUGAUAUAUCAUGGGUUUCGUGUAGCUCCUGCAGCAACUGUCCCCGAACAAGUGAACUCGGGGUAGAGAUGAACUUUUAUGACGCGGACAAUUCAUCAACUUCGUCUGUCAUCUCAUGUUCAGCCUCCAUAUGCACUUCAGAUGAGUGCAGCGAAACAAAUCAAUGUGCUUACUCCUUGCAUUACGCAGAUAAUAGUGGCACAUCAGGCUAUUUUGUAUCAGAUUUGUUUUACUUUGACAAAAUUAUGAGGACCUCGUUGAUUUCCAAGUCUUCAACAUCCAUUAUUUUCGGGUGCAGUACCUGUCAAUUAGGACACCUGAUCUUGACAGAUGGAGCAGUUGAUGGAAUUCUCGGAUUCGGUCAACAGAGACUAUCAAUAAUAUCACAACUUUCUUCACAUGGAAUUUCUCCGAAGUCAUUUUCACACUAUUUGAAAGGAGAGGGAAGCGGUGGAGGGAUAUUAGUGCUCGGUGAGAUUUUGCAUCCGAGUAUGGUGUAUACUCCCCUUGCUCCAUCAAAGGGUCAUUACAGUGUGUAUUUGCAGAGCAUUUCUGUACAUGGAAGAAUUUUACCUAUUCAUCCAGAAGCUUUUGCAAACUCUGGUGAUCGAGGAACUAUAGUUGAUUCCGGUACAAGUUUAGUUUAUCUUGUCGCAGAAGCUUAUGAAUCGGUUGUCGAUGCUAUAACUGUAGUUGUGUCACCUUCAGCUAAGCCAAUCACAUCAGCAAUGUACCCAUGCUAUCUCAUAUCCUCAAGUUUUGCAGAGAACAUAACUGAGGUGUUUCCAACAAUUUCUCUAAACUUCGCUGGUGAUGCAUCCAUGAAUUUAACACCAACAGACUAUCUCGACGAUAUGGGUUUUGUUGAUGGUGCUGCUAAGUGGUGCAUUCGCUUUAUAAAAAGUGGUUUAAGCCUAACAAUUCUAGGAGAUGUUGCGCUUAAAGAUAGGAUCAUUGUAUAUGAUUUGGCUCGACAAAGAAUUGGUUGGGCUAAUUAUAAUUGUUCAUUACCUGUGAACGUAUCUAUAACCUCUGGCACAUAUGAUGUUACUCAGGCUAGCACGAUCUAUCAUAUGCUGGAGAUAAUUUUAUUCUUCCUCUACCUAUUUUGGACCAAUGAUUAAUUUCAUGUUUUUGUAGUUUUACUUUAGAUUUCUCUUGUAUUGUUAACUCCAAUCAUAUAACCAAAAAAAAAUAGUAAUACUAUUAAAUAAUAGGAGGAACAUGUAAGAGGAAAAAUAAUGUAAAAAGAAAAGUUCACCUUGAUAUGGGCUUAUGUAUUUUGAACUUAAGUAAAUUUAUUCAUAAAAUUUAGUAAA